AUGGGGGAUGACAUGUUGAAAUUCGUUUUCUACAUUAAUUUCUUAUGCAUUAGGCAAUCUGAUUGUCUGCAAACAAUCCAUUCUUUAAACAAGAAUUCUGUUUUUCUCUGCUUCCUCGUCCGGCUUUUCCCUUUCUCUCUCUCUCUCUUUCCUAGCACUUUUAUAUUUUCACUCUUCUCUCUCUUUCUCUCUCUUCUCUUUACUCGCUCUAAUUUUGUCUUUCUCCCUUUUGCAACACUCUCUCAUUUUCACUCUUCCUCUCUCUCUCUCACUCGCUUUUCUCUUUUCUCGGCAUUUUUUCAUUUUCUCUCUCUUUCCUACCACUUUCUCAUUUCCACUCUCCCAUUUUUUUGCUUCCCGUUUCUCGCUUUUAUUAUCUACUUUCUAUCUCUCUCGCUCAAUUUCUCUCUUUUCUCACUCUUUCUAACCCUCUCUCUCUCAUUUCCUCACACCCUUUUUUCCCGCACACUUUUCUAUACAUAUCGCUGUCUUUCUCUAUUUUUCUCCCUUUCUUUCUUUCUUUCUUUCUUUCUUUCUUUCUUUCUUUCUUUCUUUUCUUUACCACAAUGUCUUUUUCUCUCUCGUUGUCUCUGUCAUUUUCGUCUUUCUCUAUCUAUUUCUCUCUCUUUUCAUUCCCACUUUUUUCUAAAUCUCUCUCUCUUUCGAUCCCUUUCUCUAUCUCUUUCCCUUAUUGUCCUUCUCAUCUUUUCUUUUUCUCUCUCUCUUAUUCAUUCUCUUUCUUUCUUUUCACCUUUCUCACGCGCUCUUAUUCUAACACUCAUUCUCUACGUUCGUUUAUACCUCUCUUUCUUUCUUUUCUCUUUCUUCCAUUUGUCAAUGUCACCCUAUCUCUUCUUCUUCUUCUUCUUCUUCUUCUUCUUCUUCUUCUUCUUCUUUACGCAACUUUAUCUCUCGACUCAUUAG